CGUGGGGUCGUGGUCCACAUUGAUUGUAGCCGAAAGCAACUAACCAGUGGGACCAGGUUAGUGAAAGGCUCUUGAGUCAGUGGCAACCGAGGCAGAACCAUCUUCAUUCUCUCUUCAAGUCCGCCGAUAAGCGUGUAUUAUCCGUUCACAGCCAUUUCACUUCAAGCCAAUUGUGCCUGUCACUCGUAUCUCCCUGAAUCCCGAGCUAUUGACAUUGAGAUUCAACAUGGCGCCGCAUGUUAAUAACGACGAUACGGUGGUUGAUUAUGUGCCCGCCAGCCUUCAAUCGGUAAAGAAGACACAUUCCGAGGUCGCGGAGAAGACUUCCACAAACAAGUCAAAUGCGUUGAAGGCGCUGAGCCAGGGCGUCACUCUCCCCGGGAGGCCGAUAUUUUCAGAUGUGGAAAAGGCGAGAAACCACAUGCUGAAUCAUAUGGCCGGUGCAUUUAGAGUGUUGGCCCGACACGGUUGCGUCGAAGGAAUCAGUGGGCAUAUUUCAUUGAGAGACCCUGGAGAUCCUAGUGUCUUUUGGACCAACCCUCUUGGCAUUCACUUCGCCCUCCUGAAGCCCGAAGACAUGAUUCUCUUGGAUAAAAAUGGUGAAUUUAUGGGUGGCAACUCAUCGCUUCCCGCCAACGCAGCUGGAUUCCUCAUCCACAGCGCCCUCCACGAAGCACGCGCCGACGUCAACGCCGCAUGCCACUUUCACUCAGUGCACGGAAAGGCGUGGUCUGCGUUUGCGCAACCACUCGAGAUGAUCAACCAAGACGUCACCAUCUUCUACGGCGAAGCCCAAGCCGUGUAUAGCGACUUUGGUGGCAUUGUGCUCAAGGACGAGGAAUCCGAAGCUCUAGCCAAAAGUCUCGGAAGCAAGGGCAAGGGAAUGAUUUUGAGAAACCACGGUCUGCUGACCGUUGGGGACACGGUGGAUGAAGCGGCGUAUCUCUUCAUGCUUAUGGAGAAGAGUUGCCAGAUCCAGCUGGCAGCUGAUGCGGCGGCAGCAUGUGGGCGACAGAAGGUGUUCAUCAAUGAUGAAGCAGCCAAGUAUACCUUUGAAAUGACAAGCGAACCGGACAGCUUGUACGCUGAGUUCCAGCCAUACCUCCAGUACGAGUCCGCAAUGACGCCUGGCGGUUUGCAGUUUUGAGUAAAAAGUCGUUGCCGAGAUAGAGCUAGGUUGGGGGAUAUUGUCAUCAUCGGGGGAGUACUUCCGUGCAUAUAGCAGGGUUCAUGUAUUUUAGAAUACUGUCAUUCAUCUUAG